AUGAACCCAGAAAAUGUUACCAACUCGUGUGGUAGUAUCGGAUACAAUUCACUUACUCGAACAAUUGACGUCACCGUUAUGCCAACGUUUGUCCAUGAUGCUGCGAUGGCAUUUUCAGUGCUUGCUAACAUGAAGGGCGUAGGGGAACCUACAUUUGAGCAUGAUUUCCCUCCUGGCACUGAUAUGAUGGGAGAGAGAUAUCCGGGAGGGCCCGUUUAG